AUGAAGUGGGGUGGCGUGUGCACUGUAUGGGCGUGGAAAGUGCUGGAAUGGCGCUCAAUCGAUGCGCUUAGUGAUCGAGAACUUCACACGUAUGACUGCCAUCAUUAUGUGUUUAUACGUCAGUAUGAUGGCGAUUGUGGUGAAGAAAUCGACAUGUUGCUCUACGGACUGAAAACAGCGUUUAUGAAGAGGCCACCAACAGAAGAUUAUGAAUGCACGCCGGUUUGUGAAAAGGAGUCUCAUUUCGCAGCAAAGCCUCAAUUAUAUCGGUUGUCGCGAAACCUCGCCAUCUUCACCCAUGAAGGCUCUAGAAAUGGAUAUUCGCAACCUAAUCAUUUCGUAGAGCAAACAGAAGAUGAUUUCGAAAAGGUUUCUGGCAGCGAGCAAGAUUUGAGGGAGGAAUGGGAGAAUGCGAAAAUCUACUAUUUUGUCGUCGAGAAAGUUAUGGAGUUUGACAGCCUUCCUUUCAUUUGGCUAAGAAAGCUUGUAAUUGCUAGUAGAGGCUGUCUCCAUACCAUUAAGGGCAACACGUUUCAUGCUUGA